GCGCUGGGGGCGAUGGCGGCGGGCGCUCUCCGCGGUGUCCUCUGGCCCCGGGCGGCCGCCGGGCUCAGGGCGGCCCGGGCCGCCUUGGCGGCGCCUUCGGGGGCGCGGGCGGCCUCGGAGAUGUCCGCGGACAUGUUGCCCGGGCCGUACCCGCGGACUCCGGAGGAGCGGGCCGCCGCUGCGAAGAAGUACAACAUGCGGGUGGAGGACUAUCAGCCCUACCCCGACGACGGCAUGGGGUAUGGUGACUAUCCCAUGCUCCCUGAUAAGUCUCAUUAUGAGAGAGACCCCUGGUACCAGUGGGACCAGCCAGAUAUGAGGCAUAACUGGGGAGAGCCGAUGCACUGGCAGUUUGACAUGUACACUCGGAACCGGGCUGAUACAUCCCCCACUGUUGUUCCCUGGCACACCAUGAGCAAACAUUUCUUCAUCUUUCUGGGCACAAUGCUGGUCAUGUUUGGUCUUGGAACCAUCUACCCAUCCUACAUGCCUGUGGGGCCGAAACAAUAUCCCUUCGAUGACCUGUAUCUGGAGAAAGGAGGAGACCCCAAUAAAAAACCACCACCAGUGAUACACUAUGAAAUUUGAAAGUUGUUCAAGUGCUACAUUUCCAUCACUUUUGCUGGGGAAGCAAUCUUCUCUAGUGUUCACUGGCAUAUGUUAACACUUGUUCUUCAAUGUUCAGCUGCUAACCGCAGUGAAAUAUAUCAAUGACACCUAC